ACUGAUUGUUACACUUCACUGGCAUUAGUUUGCAACCAUUCUCUGCAGUUUCCCGCAAUUCGGGAGAAGUCCAAUCCGAUGUUAUUUUCUUGUGUUCUGUACGGACGAUAUGUUGUCAAGCGGUCAGCUGUUUCCGGUCUAUGAAAAUACAGGUGGCUCAAUAGAGAACCACGAAAAACCCGGCUAAUUAGGUACUUUUAAUUAAAUAAGCAGCGGGUUCGACCAACGAGCCAGAGUAAAUGAGCAGAGUGUGAUGAAGUUUUAACGCGUGGUCAUUCUCCUCCCUUAAUUUCCUUUUGGUUAUCACGGAUAAUGUUGAAGGAAGAGCUGGAGGCAAGCACGCCGAGAAAUGCUGAUAACUCGUACAUAAUUGUACCGGACUCAGGAAGUAACGACGUGGCCAAGGAGUCGAACCAGAGGCUUGUGAUAGAAGAGAGGUUGGCCAACAAAAUGUUUUCAUAUGCAAGGGAAAUCUGUUUUUUCCUUGCGGUUACCUUCACCGCCCUAACUGCACUCCACAGCUCAUCACCUAAAGUGUCAAAGCCACCUACAGCCAAGCCAUUUUUUAACCAUAGUUCUAUCGUGCUAGAUUUUUAUAAAGGUCACGUUGGAGCUGUGAUAGAGAAAUUUCGUGAGUCUGAUUUUAGUUUUGUUAUGUACUAUGCUCCAUGGGACGCUGACAGUCAAGCGGUGCGUCCAGAAUUCGAAAAAGUUGCUCAGUAUUAUAAUACACAGGUGUCUUUCGCUGCUAUCAAUUGUUGGCAUCCAAGCUCAGAAUGUAGAGCCCAAUAUAAAAUUCAAAAAUAUCCUCUCUUAAUACUUUAUCCAUCAAGAGAAUCUGGUUUAACAUACAAAGGUAUUCGUACUUCGCAAUACAUGAUUGGUUUUCUUCAUGCAGUGAUGAAUCCGAUUGUUAGAAUCACUCAUCCGGAUCAAUUAAUGGACUUAACUGUUAAUUAUGAUGCUGUAGUGGUAGGAUUUUUUAAUUUUACAAGGUUAGACAGAACACCUGGUUACAGAGAAUUUCAUAAGGCUGCUAUUCGUAAUCUAGAAAUUGAUCCUAACAGGGAAUUGGUAUUUGCUAUUGUUACCAGUGCAUUAGCUAGCAAAAGAGAUCAUAAUGUUUAUAAAUUUCCAUCAGCGAAUUUACUCAUGUGGAAUGAAACCCUUAGUUAUCCAGAAGAUUCUGAAUGGACUUCCGAAAAUAUAUUAAAUUGGGUCAGGAACUCUGUUCAUCAACCAACACUAUGGCUACAGCCUCCUGGGGUAAAAGCAUUCACUUUAGCACCAUAUCUGAAAGAGGGGCCUGUACUUUUUCUCUUCACGCCUCGUAAUCCUUUUCACCUCGAAAAUUACAAUUACAAUUUGAUAAAAGAAAUCGGACUUCAAUAUUAUAACUGUGCACACAAUCAUUUAACUAAAGAUGUCAGAGUACGACUCAGUUUUAAUCGUCUCAGUGCUCUCAGUAGGCAUGCCAAGAGAAAUCAGCAGUGUAUAAAGAUUCUGAAAGAGAACAAAAAUCAGUUAAACGAAUCAGUCGUUAGUAUUUCUAUUCAACGGUGGAUUAAUGAUAGUUGUUGUGCUAAUAUUGUAAUGAAUAAAUGUUCUUUAUGUAAAAAAGACUUAUCGAACAGUGCAGAAAGGGAUACGUCCGUUUGUAGGCUUGACACAGAUAAAUUAGACAGUGUCUUUAAUAAAACAUUGUCAUUGAUAGCAAUUGACAGUUUGCAUUAUUUCCAUUUUGCAGAAGGUCUUGGAAUAGACAUUUUAAAGAGGAAAGAUAAGACUGCUGUUGUAAUAUUAGAUGCCGCACAUGAAAGUCAAUAUGUUAUGCAGGACGAUUUUAAUCGAUACACACUUGUACAAUUUAUAAAUAAUUAUACUCAAGGUUUUUUACAACGCACUCUACGCUCGAGUAGCUCAAGACGUUUCACUGAGAAGUUAAAAAAUAACGUCACUUGCGAAGCGAACGAUGUCCCGAGAAGUAUGUGCAUACCGGAAUUAACAACUGAAACUUUCUUGGAUACUAUUUUAGAUCCGAUAAAGGAUGUAGUUGUAAUGUACCAUUCUCCGUAUUGUGGGUUUUGUAGCGCAAUUUCGUAUACAUAUUUAUCAGUGGCUCAUUACCUGCGUAAAAUGGAUCAUCUUCUAUUCGUCAGAGUUGACGGUGAUAACAAUGAUUUACCGUGGGAAUAUAAUAUGAACCGACUCCCAUCUAUUCUGUUUUUUCCUGCCAAAAGAAAAGAGGAUAGCACGGUCUAUCCGUUUUCUCUGCCAAUUACCAUUCCUAAUCUCGUUAACUUCGUUUUGGCAAAUUUGGAUGGGGACUCGCACGUCGAAGCUCUUGUAAAUAUUUGUGAAUCUGGAGCCGGUGAGCAACCAGAUACAUGCAUUGCUCGAACACGUUGGCUGUGCCUAGAUAUUAUUCAACAAUUGCUCCGGGAUUAUCGAAAGUUUAUUAGACAUAUUAAUUUAUUUGGAAGAAAAAGUGCUAGGAACAAAAGAAAACUAAUUUUAUUAAAGUUAUCGCAUAUUAAGGACAUACACUUAAUGUUAGGUUCUAUCAUAGAUCUCAAGAAAGAUCAACAUAAAGUGGAACUUAUUAGAAAGAAAUAUAGGAAAUAUUACAGAAAUAUUAGAUUAAUUGAGUUAGAUAGUAAAAUGAAUAGCACUCAAAUGGAAGUUGCUAUUCCGCAACAGAUCGUUUCUGGGAGAGAAAGGAUUAAAAGCGAAUUGUGAUAUAAAUUUAAUGAUAGAUAAAUUCUGGUAAAUGUUACUUUAUUUAAGUUCUUUCAUGACCUCAUAUUAUAUGUACAGUAUAUACCUCACAAAACUUUAUUCUGCAAAGGGGAAACACGUCCAGUUGAAAUGUAUAUAUUCCGUGCAAAUGAAUGGGACUUUAUAUUUGAACAGUUUUGUGUUGCUUCUGUGGAUGUGUAUCAUGAAAAGGGUACAUGUUUCUUUACAAUGUUGAAACAGAACAUUCCCUUUUAAUACUCAGAACUGAAGCUUCAAAUAGGGAUCUAUUGAAUCUCUGAAAUAAAUCUUUUAUAUUUUAUAAUAGAAAUGAAAUGUUACUGGGAUUUUACAAUGAAUUUGUUAAAGUAAUUUAUUUGGAAUCGAAAUCUUUACAAUGUACUAUUGGGAAUGAAAUUCAAAACUUCCUUUUUAGUUUCCGAACUUUUAUAAUGGUUUUUUAAGAAGAAUGUAUUUAUAGUUGCUAUUUCCAUAAAGAUAGUAACUCAUUGAUAAGACUAUUUUUUCCAGUGCAUCAUGUGUCUAUACAGGGAGUGUACAUACGGUAGAAUUACUCAUCUUUGAUUAAUAUUCAUGAUGUCUAAUGCCAGAACAGAGAAAUGAAACUCGUACUAUUCCAAGCAUAAAACAGCAAAAGUUAGUAUCCAUGACACACCUUAAUUUUCACACCUAAGUUUUCUAAACUAUUAAACAUUCGAUAAUAAUUUUGAUGAGCUAAUUCUUCAAAAGGAAGAAGUUUCUCUUCUCUUGCAUAGUACGGUUCUAUCUUUGUCUGGCACUCUGUGUGAUUCGAACACUCAUUUACCAAAAAUGCGUGUUACUUGUACAUUCAUGUAAAUAUUGUUAUAGGUAAUAAUAAUAAUAAUAACAAUAAUAAAAGCUCUAUGUUGAUAUAUAAAGGCAGUGCAAUUUCACGAGU